CACCGUGUACCAGUGAGUUCAGACAGAGUUUGCAGAAAGAAUUAUUUGGUUACCAGGAUGUUAUGACACAUCUACAGGCUGGUUAUCGUGUAUCUUACUACAUGAUGACACCAGAUUGCAAUACGUCUUUCAGUCAACAGCAAUUUCAUGUUCCAUUUGGAGAUAGCGUUGAUUUCUACUUCGAGUUUAGCUAUAAUGGUAUAUGGGCAACCCAGUUCACCUCUCAGAAACUCAUUUCACAAGGUUUUGGUGGAGGAACUCAUUUGUAUGGACAAGAAAUAAUUCUCCGACAAGCUGUGAUUGAUAGAAACGAUAUAGCUCACUGGAAUAUUUCAGUCACUGAAAGGAACUUUGGUCAUGUUUUAGAUUCCUGGAACUUCACUUGCUAUUUCGGAAAUGGCACAGGAAACGAGGCACCCCAAUUGAAGUUUUACGCAACUGAUGUUAAACCUAUCAAAGUAGUGUUUUUGGAUGAUAUUAAGACAGCGCUGAUGACCGGAGGCCAUUUACGAUACAGCACGUCUUUCAUUAACUGUCGGGGAGAUUUGAAAUGGGAAGCUUUAGGAGCGGAAAUAACAGACUUUGAUAUUACAAAGGUCAACAACGUAACGGUAAUAAAGACAAGCAAGAAAUGUACGAUAAGAGGUGAUAUUGCAAACUUUGAAUAUAUUAUUUUAACUAGUUAUACCACAGAAACAUUUGGAGCAUAUACUACUUUUAUUGUAACGUAUAAUACAAUUCACCAGCCUAUACAAGAGGUUUAUAGAGGAGAUAUGAACUGCAUGUUUCAAUCUGGUGGUGGCAUUAGCUAUUACCUUGGAGUAUAACUUUUAAAGACGAGAAACGUAAAGCAAAGUGAAGGAAACAUGAUUAAGAGUGAGCCGUUGUAUCAACU